GUUAAAUUAAGCCCCAAGCGCAAUUGCCCGGGUUUAGAUAUUUACUCCGUUGGAGAUAAGAAAGGUUGUUAACAUGGCUCAGCAGUUCGUGAAUUGCAAAAUCAAAGCCGAUAAGGUGGUGGUCUUCAUCAAACCCACCUGCCCUUACUGCAGAAAAACUGAAGAGCUUCUCAAGCAAUUGCCUAUUAAACCGGAGUCCUUGGAAUUUGUCGACAUAACAGCUAACUGUGAUACAAAUGCGAUCCAAGACUAUUUACAACAGCUAACAGGAGCAAGAACUGUGCCUCGGGUUUUUAUUGGUAAAGAUUGUAUUGGUGGAUGCUCAGAUCUCGUAGCCCUGGAACAGAAUGGCCAAUUGCUACAAAAGCUUCAACAAAUUGGCGUGUUACAUUAACUUCCAGACACUUGGAAAAUUGAAUCUUCUGUGAUGUGCUGGAAUACAUCCCUAUUUUGCCUCUCUUUCAGUGCCUCCUAUCCUGCAAGAACAUUUUAUUUUAAUUUCUAAAAUGUCAAACCAGAAAAGUUUUUACCUCUUCUGGAGAUGUUACUUCUAUUAUCUUUCACAUUUCCAAAUGAUCUAGGAUAUUAUAACUUCUUAGUGCAAUAUAAGAAGCACUAAAUUCACCCCAAAUCCUAUGGGAGGAACUUCAAAACAUGUUACUCCAAUCCAAUAUUUUUUUCAAUCCUCAUUUUACUCCAAUGCCAUAGAAAUGCUUGUUUUAUUCUGGUUAAAUCAGCUAGCUUCUAAAGGCUUUUACUAGGUUCUGACUUGGGAUUGAGUGAGUUUAAGAUCAGAGUUUUAUAGUUUGGGAGUUGGAAGAAGCCUCAGAGAUUUAAAUGACAGGCUGAAAGAUGUUCUUGAAAGCUUUCUCCUGCUAUUCUUCACAUUUUCUUUCCAUCUGCUAGGGUUCUCAGGCUCUCUUUACAUAGAUUUAGGGUUGGAAAAAGGGAUCUGAAAGGCCAUCUGUUCUACCUCACUCACUUCAUAGAUGAGUACUGGGAGCAGAUCAACUUGUAACAUUCAGAAAACCUGAUUUCUGCAACUAAGUCCUUUGGGAAGUUGAGAAUCCUUUAACUUAAAAUUUAGCUUUUGUUUUAGCAUUAACGAGCACUGAUAGUAGUCACAAUUCUCAGGAAAGUGGUUUCAUUUCCUAGAACUUCUUGUUCUACAGUUGUUUCAUUGGUGGGUCAAAUUUUUAUCAGGUUUCUAAAAUCAUGAUCAUAAUAUAUAAAUCAAAUGUAUAACUUAUAAUCAUAAGCAAAUAAUGUUAUGUAUAACUCAAAUGAAUAACAUAAUCAUAAGCAAAUGAAGUUAUAUAUGAUUCAAAUGUAUAAUUUAUAAUCACAAGUAAAUGAAAUCAUGUAUAAUUUCAAUGGGUACCAACAAAAAUAGUAGCUUUAGGUUUGGUUCUCUCUUUAAUAAUCAUGAAAUAAAAGAUAUUGAAUACAUUAUCUUGGUUACAGCCUAUUGAAUAAUGCCUCUUUUCAAUACCACAUGGAAAAGAAAAAAAAAAAAAACUGCAUCCAGAGAGUUUAGGAAACUCAUCCAAUAAUGGAGUAAGAAUAAAAAUAGAGAAAUAAAAUAAUAACCAAACAUCCAGUGAGCUCAUAGCCUUAAGAAAGAUAUUAAAAUCGGGCUCAAAUAGCUUUUUUCACCAUCUUUUUGGUCAAUUUCUCCUAACCAUUUACUUCCCUCACAAACAAUCCACAUUACAGCUUUUCCUCAAAAUACAAAGUAGUCUGUAAGUAAUGUGCAAACUUAAGAGCUACCUGUGACUAAGGACCCUGAAACCCAUUUGUAUAUCCAACCAGAAAUCUAGACCUCUGGCACUGAUUUGCUUUACUUUAAUGCCUGGGAACCUAGGAGAUGCCUGAGACUAGGACUUGAUGAAAAUUUCUUGCACAUACCUCACAAUAGUUAAUAGUUGAUCUUAUGAUCUCUUUAGUUCCAGCCUUAUUAGGCAUUUUCAAAAGGCAAUCAUCUACACCAUUCUAAAAGGAGUGUUGUCUUCAAGAGAAGAAUGUACAGAUUAUACUUUAGCCACAUCUCAGACCAAUUAAUACAAUUUUAAAAAAAUAAAUAAAAUGCUGGUCAGUUAAUAGCAGUUCUUUUUAAAACUGAUAUUUCCUGAUUUUCAGUGACUCCUUGGGCACUUUGGACAGAGCGGGGGGGAGGGGGAGCAAAAGCAGCAGCAACAAGACCAAUGAAAAUACAAGUUUUAUAUAGUGGCAGCUCCCACUGACAUUUUAUUCCAAGUGUUUCUUUGCAUUCAAGAACUCUGGAGGGAAAAAGCCUUUUUUCCCCCCUCCUUCAGUAGCUUUGCAUUCUUCUGGUGUUUUUACAACUUGGCUGUCUUUUCCUUUGCCUAAUAAUGGUGUUUAGAAUUCUUUGCAUACAGGAAUCUUUCCCUCUGCCGGUUUGUUUAAGUUGGGAAUAUUGUUUUUCAUUUACACCUUUAUCAAUUGGACACUAAACUUGAUUGAAGGACUACACCACAAGGGAGACACUGGAUGCUUCCUUAUAACUAUCCCUUGCACUGUAUGCGAUAUAUAUAAAAAUAUAUCAUAAUACAGGAUAUUAAAAAUCAAUCUAUACAAAUGAUGUAUACCAUUAUGCUAAUAAUAAAUUUUAACAGAUGUAAAA